AGGAAUUAUAACGUUGAUGUUUAUUACUAUGUGCUUUUCUUGAGAAUUUCCUUCAGAGAUUUAAACGAAAUGUGUUUGAUUUCCUAACAUGCACAUACGUGUUUUAAAAAAAUCAAGUGUAGAACAGCGUUUUGAUUAAAUGCACACUUCCGGUAUCGGUGUUCUUUUCCGCAGCGAAGAGUUUAUCUGGCUAGUUAGCACUUUAAGCAUGCUAACCGAGCAGUUUCCUUCUCCAUCAGCGCAUUCCUACUCUCUCUGCCCACUUAUUCCACACGCAUACUCGCAUACCACUCUGAAUACUCGUAGAAUGCUGUGCACAUGUAGAAGGCUGAUUAAAGAAUCCAUGCAAGCCCAUUUUAAAUAUAUUUUAAGGCUCUCAAUUAGCAUAGCUUAACAACUCGUAGGCGUCUUUUUUUAUUUAUUUAUUUUUUUUUUUUUUUUUAGCUUUUUUUUAGCUUUUUAGCGUUAGUCGCUGGGUGCAACUUGCAGCUUUAAUCAAAAUGUUGUUUGAUUUUAUACUGUCGUAAAAAAGAGAAAUUUAGCCGUAAAUUUAAAGGCACAAAAGGAAUCCGCGAUUCCAGAGUUUCAGCAUGAUCAUUUGAUUAGCUGGUUAUGAGAGCACAUUUUCAGUUGUAGAACUGUUGUAUUUGAUGGCGAGUUGUCUAGAUUUCUCAUGUUAACUUCAGACUUACUAUGAAGUUUAUUCAUGUAAAAGAGAGCCAAGUUAAUGGUUAUAAUUAGUGCAUUUUGCUAACUGUGGCAGCCAGUUUGCAGGCAACAUAACAUCGAGUGUUUAUUUGGGUUGGGAUCUGAGAUAUUUGUACAUGCUGGGUCAGUGGGGGCAAUGCUGGGUGUAUAUCAUAGAUGUCUUUAGCAUUUACUGAUGGUGUAAAGUGCCACUACCACCGCGUACUAUUGGUAUAUUAAGUUUAAAACCGGUCCGCGAAUUUCCCACCAGUGAAUCACUCCUCUCCAGGGGUUUGAUUUUCAACGGUAACGCCUAGCUACACUGACAUAGCUGAAAGCUUUUGACGUUCGUGUUUUGUUUACUUUUUGAAAUGGUCAAAAAUGUGCAUUCUGUCUUUGGUGUUUCCGGUUCUUAGUGCAAUCAGUGACCACAAAUCUGGUUCAUGAGAAUAACAAGAAAGGACAAAGACUUGAAAUAUCUGUUCUUAAAGAAUGUCUGCUUUAUCAAUCUUCUCUCAAAUGAAAGUCUCAUUUGGGAAGUGUUUUCUUAGCUUUAAAUAGAUACACCUUCUUCUCACAGAUCAAAAGGACAGUAUGGCCACCACUGUCGCAGUCAGCCCCAGUGAAUAUCUUCAGCCCUCCACUACUACCACUUCUCAAGAUUCACAGCCCUCCCCACUGGCCCUUCUGGCAGCUACCUGCAGUAAGAUUGGGCCUCCUGCUGCCCAAGCCCCAGUCAGCACACCACCAGCUCAGCCAACCACACGCCGUCUGCACCCCAUCAAGCCUGCCCCCAUUGCUCCAGCUCCACCCAAAAACCUUGGGUUUCUCUCAACAAAAGGGAAUGUUAUCCAGCUGCCUGCGGGCCUUGGUAACUCAGGGGCCAGUCCCAUUGUCUUCACGAUUCAGAGCCCUUCACGCCAAGCGGGCACAUCCACUCCCAACAUCCAGUACCAGAUGAUUCCUCAGUUCCAGGGAUCUCAGACCAUUCAGAUGGUGCCUCAGGGAGGACAGAUCCAGAUCAUCCCUGGAACCAACCAGGCCAUUUUCACCUCACCGGUCACAGUUCAGGCUGCCACACCUGCCCCACCACCUUUGGCUCCAGCGCCGGUUCCCCCGCAGAAGACAGUGGCGAUCAAGUCAUCCUCAUUAAAGCGUCGACAGAAUAAUGCUAAUGUUGUACGACUUCCUAGUGGACUCACUCUGCCUCUCAACAUUACCACAGGUGAUGUGGGAGGAGGACAGGUUGUUACAGAGACUGCUGCUGCUCCAGUGAAGGGCAAGAGGGGAAGAAAGAGGCAAGUGGCUGUAGCCCAACCAGCCACUGCCCCUCAACCAGCCUCACCACCACCUGUGGCUGAGCAGGUGGAGGCAUUGCUAAUAGAGACAACAGCUGAUAAUAUUAUUCAGGCAGGGAAUAAUCUCCUGAUUGUGCAGAGUCCAGGGGGGAAUCAGCCGGCUGUGGUGCAGCAGGUGCAGUUGGUUCAGCAGAAAUCCGAUCAGCAGGUCGUUCAGAUCCCCUCACAGGCUUUAAAAGUUGUACAGGCCGCCUCUGCCACACUUCCCCCUGUACCACAGAGACAGACAGUCCAGCCCAGUUUGCAGGUUACACCCUCAGAACCCACACAGGUGCUGAUUAAAACAGCCUCAGGCGAAUGGCAGGCUGUACAGCUACAGGAGACCAUGGUUACUACACCGACCACACCUGCCAGCACACCAGCAGUGGUCUCUAAAAAGGCUCAAACAGGGACACGGAAAGAGAGGACUCUUCCAAAGAUUGCCCCGGCUGGAGGGGGUCUGAUAACACUGAAUGCAGCCCAGCUAGCUUCUGCUGCUCAGGCUGUUCAGACCAUCAGUAUUAAUGGUGUGCAGGUGCAGGGUGUUCCUGUAACUAUCACCAACGCGGGGGGCCAGCAGCAUCUCACAGUGCAGGCGGUUCCAGGUGGGGGUCUACAGCUGGGCAGUACCCAAACGCAGACCAUGCAUGUGGAGCAAACGCAGACACUCGCACUGGAAUUGCAGAGUCAGCCAGGAGAGAAAAAACGACGCAUGGCCUGCACCUGCCCAAACUGCAAGGAUGCAGAAAAGAGGCCUGGAGAAGUGGGGAAAAGAAAACACAUCUGCCACAUAGUAGGCUGUGAAAAAACCUUUCAAAAGACAUCCCUGCUGCGGGCGCAUGUCCGGCUGCACACAGGUGAGAGACCAUUCGUGUGCAGCUGGGUCUUCUGCGGAAAACGAUUCACACGCAGUGACGAAUUGCAAAGACACGCCAGGACACACACAGGAGACAAACGUUUUGAGUGCAAUAAGUGUCAAAAACGUUUUAUGCGGAGUGACCACCUCACAAAGCAUUACAAAACGCACAUCAACACAAAGACUCUGUAAACAGCUACUUUCAGGUGGUUGCAAGAACAUUGGGAGGGAAACACUCUUCCCAGGGGCUUGAAAGAAGGGAGAAAAUAAAGAGGUCAACCCCCUUUCAUGUGUUCGAUGUGCCCCUGUAAAGAAGCCUGUUAAUACCAGCCAUUUCCGGUUCGACUUUACUCUUGCUGUCUCCUUUUUUAACAUACCCUCAUUGUCAGAGGAAGGCUGGCCGGCUGAACAAGUAUAGCUCUCACCUGAGAAACAAAGAACAUGGAUACCAUUCUUGUCUUGGUUGAGUUGAAAGGAAGUCUUUCUCAGUUUGAACUACAGCAUCAAUGAACACUCCAGCCAAAAAAGUUCCUAUCCCCUGUUAUUUCCAAAUUUUCACAUGUAUAUUUUUGGCUAUUUUAGCUAUCAUGCCCCCUCAGUGGUUUCUGGACUGGUAAAUGUUUGUUUUCAUACAUACAAACCAACAUUUGUACAUACAUGGGCAAAUUUGAACACAAACAAUGCUGUGGACAACUCUUUAACCCAUUUGAAGUAAUUUCAGUUGUUGAAUGACUUCUGGCUGAUUUAGACUUUUAAACAGAAGCCUGAAAGUUAUGAAACUUGAUAGCAUAUAACCUUGUUUGGUUGUUUUUUAAUAUCUGGGGUGGUUUACAUACUUUUCCAUGGUUUGACAAUCGUAUCUAGUCUGCAGAGGAGAUAAGGUCAAUAUCAUUGGACUUGCUGCAGGUGAAAAGGUGGGAACCCUCUUUUAUGAAGUUUGAAAUAAGGAAUAAUUUAUAUUUAAAAAAAACAUGUCUGUUUGUUAAAAGAUCGCUUGCCUGUCCACGCAAGAAUGUAGAUAAACAAGAACUCAUGUUUGUGUUCUAUUGUGUUCUGAAUUCAUGAAGCAGGAAGAAAUGUCUAUGGUGAUAAUCUGAUUGGUUAUGAAUAUAUACAAGGUUUUAUUUAAACUAAGGUACAGUUAAACCAGUCUCAAAUUAAUGGUUGGUGAAAGUCAGUCAUUCCUUUUAAUUUCACCUUUUUUUUGUCCAAGCUCUCUAAAAGAGGCCUUAAUAGGAAAAAAAAAUGUCUGCUCAUUUAUGUUUGUAUAGUGUCUGAAUUCAUACUGAUGUGUUUGGACAUAAAAUGGAGGAUAAUUGUUACACAAAUGUGUAUUGGCUGGUGCUGCCAAUCAUGAAAUAUGUAGACUGUGUACAGUGUAAACGAGAAGGAAAAAACAUUGUAUAGUUUAAUUCCUAUAAUAUGCGAGACUUAUAGAUUUCCCAUUUUAUUGACUAAAAGUUGCCUUAGUCUGUUGCACCCGUAUUUAAAGAGAAUUGUCUUUUUCCAUGGAACUGCAUUUGUAGAACUGCUUUAUUUUUGUCUAACUUAUGAAGUGUUAAGAAAAGCCAAUUUAUGUGCACUGACCAAAUUCAGGGUUUUCACUGAGUGGAUAAGUUAAUUAUUUGGUUCAUAUACCUACAUUUGAUUUGACAGUUUUAAAGGAUUCCUUUUAUCUUUCCAUGAUAUACACUGUAAAAAAAAACCCGUUGUUUUUACAGGAAAACGCUGGCAGCUGUGGUUACCAGAGAAUUCCUGUAAAAAAUACAGCAGCACAGUAGAUAACUUUACUGGCGAAAUAUGUAAAUUGAUUUACAGUGAAUGAAAUCACGGGUGAAUCACAUUAAAAAACGGUUAAUUCUACAAAUGUUUUUUGUUAAUUUUGCAUAACUGUGUUGUAUAUAAAUAGACCAUUUCCUGUAUUUUUUACAUGUAAUAAUUGCUUAUUGUGCAUCAAUAAAUUAUAAAAUUAACAGGGAAAUAUCAUACAUAAAACUAAUUUAAACUGCUAAAAACAACAGUAAAACUGCGUUUUAA